UGGUACAUACUGUAAUAUGAAGGCACAACCCACUGUGACACCAGUGGUGCAAGUGUAUUUUUCAAUCAAGCAAAUUCCGAGAGCUAACCUAUUCAUAUAGUUUAAACAUUUGGACAGGAUGCUAAUCUUAGCCCACUUGCCAUUGCUUCUUCUUUUGGGAAACCAAGGUAAAAUAAAUUCCUCUACUUUUUACUUGAUGUGUUUUCGGUUUCUGGCACAUGGAUGAUAAUCAAAUGUCCUCAAGCUAGAUAUUUAUAUCCAAGGCCUACUGACUGAAGAAUCGUUGCCUCAAUUUAUGACUUUUUCAUUACAGAUUCAGUAACCUGUAUCGACCUGGAGAAACAGCAUGAAGUCAUCCAUGCAGCAGUUGGAGAACCUCUAGUAUUGAACUGCACCUACAACUGCUCCUCUGGAUUUGUCCAUGGCCACUGGAUCAAAUUCCCAGACUGUCGUCAUUGCCCUAGGCCAAGGGAAACAAAAAAAUUCACAAAGAAUGGGGACCUCUGCACACUACCAUUGUAUUUUCCACAUCUGUCCACGGAAGAUUUUCAGUACAACUAUAUCUGCUUUUCUGAAGAUCACGAAAGCGAACAGUUACCACGCAAGAUAGAGGUUCUGGUAUCACUGCAGGCACAAGGUAGGCAAAAACUGGUUGAAAGGACCUACACUGUAGUUCUAACAGCAGUAUGAAAAUGAAUGCACUCACUAACUGUAAGUCACUCUGGAUAAGAGUGUCUGCUAAAUGACUAAAAUGUAAAAUGUAAUGUGCAUUUUACCUCUAAAAACAAAUUGUGUUAAAAUGUAUUAUCUUAAUUAUGUUCAAAAAGAGGAUACAUUUAUAGUACAUUUAUACAUCAGUAAUUACUGGAUAAUUGUUUUAAAUUAUAUUGUAUUUUCUUUUGCCAGCUCGACCUAGUGCCCCGGCCCACAACGGUCACUACUGGUAAGUCUCACAGGAGAAUCUGUUACUGAGACUUUAUAAGGCUCUGGUCAAAAGAAGUUCACUAUAUAUGGAAUAGGGUGCCAUUUGAGAUUCAACCUAAGUCUCAUUUUCCGUAGUAGUCUAAUUGAAUUGCUCUGAGGCUGUUGAAUGACAUAGGCACAAAAUAAUAUAAACCCAUCAUAUUUCACUAGCUUACUUGAUCCUGAUGUCUACCAUUUUCUGUGUUUUAGAUGAAUCUGUGACAGCGUUGGGUAACCAUGAGGACUCAAUAAUAGAUCAUGGUGAAACAUGUUUAAAUGUAUUGCAAACAACAAAAGUAACCACCUGUUUGAGGCAAUGAUGAAUAAGUUGCAAAUUGAGUUUCAAUAAUAAAAUUGUCUCUGUGCUGUCUUCAAUACAGAGGAAUUCACAGGCGUCAAGGUGUUGGCAACAGUGACAGUUAUUGUGGCUGCGGUGUUGGUAGCCGUGGCUGCCUACUUAUGUAUGAGCCGCAAUCGAUAUAGCAAAGGUGCGUAUACAUGUUGUAAAAUCAAUUACGAACGCCCAAUUUCUGAAUCAGAAUGUUGUAAAAUAUACUACUUUCCAAAGUUGUUAUUUAAUUAAUAACUACAGUAUAUUUCAUUAACGCAAUUUAUUUUGUAUUUCAGGAAAACCUGCUCUUAUCUGUACAGGGUAUGUUUUUUUCAUACAAUGUGGCAUGUUUGCUAAGGCAUUUUAACACACUUUUCAUUGGCAAUUAUUAUGUGGACUUCCUAUGUGGAAUUUGUUUUAUCAGCACAACAUCAAGAGAAGAAUCUGGUGUUGGUAGGCCGACAACAGGUAAAUAUUUGUUUAAUUUUACGAAAUUGCUGAUACAACCAGUUCACUCAAUGUCGUAACUUGUCAUUCUAAUAGGUUACUUAAUAUAAUAUAAGAUACUUACUUAUCUUAUUCUUAACUAAUUGUGAGAGGGUGGCACUGAGAAUAAGUCUGGCUGGUAAGUUAAUGGAAUGUACCAUUCAUUUUAGUUACUAAACUGGGUGUAUGCUAAGAAAAUCUACAGUCCAAAACAUUGCAUUUCCUGUUUUGACCCAGAUUGCCAGAGUGAUCAUGAGGUUCCUUAUGCUGACAUCAUGAUUACUAUGCGAGGGGCCAGCACACCUGAGCUCACAAAGAUCUCCUACCUGGCUCCGGGGGACCAUAGAGAGGUGAGGAUGGGAAACUAUCGCUUAGUGAUUUCUGUAUGAAAUGGAAAGCGCUCUACAAUUAAAAUGUAUUAUCUAUUAUUAUUAUUAUUAUUAUUAUUAUUAUUAUUAUUAUUAUUAUUAUUAUUAUUAUUAUAACUUCAUCGACACCACACCACAUUAUUUUACAUCAACACCACCAUAUGUCACCAUAUGUCACCAUAUGUGACCCUAUUACUGACAUUCACUAUAUUCAACGUAAUAUGUCAGUGGAGGUUGCAUAAUGGCUAUUAUUGGCUAAUGCAGCCACAGUCACAGGCUGAGACUUUAUAUGAACCUCACCUGAAAUGGAAACCUGUGUGUUUCAUGUCCCCCCUGCAGAGGUGGAGAGAAGACGCAGGCCAUGGCCCCAGCACCGGCCCUGAAGCUAGGUCCCACCUGCAGGCCUCCCGCUCAGCUGACAGACUGCAUGUCCAGCCCCGAGAGGUCUCCAGGAAGAUGAGCACAAACUCUGAGUAUGCUGUCAUCACCUACUCUUAACCAGUGGGGCUGGAGAGGGAUGGAGAGGAUAAAAUAGGGAAUCAGAGAGAGCAAGUGAGAAAUGACUGUCACUGUACUCAUAUUAUUACUCCUUGGCUGUUUUGUUAGCAUUUUUUUUACUAUAGCAAGUUGUAUCUAUAACUGUAUAUUUUUUUUUUACUGUGACUAUUA